CCCCUAGUUCUCUUUCAAUAUGUUUGAUCACCCCAUCCCUCGGGUUUUCCAGAACCGCUUCUCAACCCAAUACCGCUGUUUCUCGGUAUCCAUGCUUGCCGGACCUAAUGACAGGUCAGAUGUGGAGAAAGGCGGGAAGAUAAUUAUGCCACCAUCGGCUUUGGAUCAACUCAGCCGACUUAAUAUUACUUACCCGAUGCUGUUUAAGCUGACAAAUAAAAAUUCAGACCGAAUGACACACUGUGGAGUGCUUGAAUUUGUGGCUGAUGAGGGCAUAUGUUACCUUCCACACUGGAUGAUGCAGAACUUGCUGCUGGAAGAGGGAGGCCUGGUGCAAGUGGAGAGUGUUAAUCUUCAAGUUGCUACUUACUCAAAAUUUCAGCCACAGAGUCCAGAUUUUCUUGACAUCACCAAUCCCAAAGCUGUAUUAGAAAAUGCAUUGAGAAACUUUGCUUGUCUAACUACCGGGGAUGUUAUUGCCAUCAACUACAAUGAAAAGAUCUAUGAGCUUCGGGUAAUGGAGACCAAACCAGAUAAGGCUGUGUCCAUCAUAGAAUGCGAUAUGAACGUGGAUUUUGAUGCUCCUUUGGGGUACAAGGAACCAGAAAGAAGUGCACAGCAUGAAGAGACCACAGAUGUUGAAGCAGACCAUAGUGGAUAUGUGAGUGACAUAGGAUUUCGUGCAUUCUCUGGCUCUGGGAACAGAUUGGAUGGCAAGAAGAAAGGUGUUGAGCCUAGUCCAUCGCCAAUUAAACCAGGAGACAUUCGAAGAGGAAUACCCAACUAUGACUUCAAGAUUGGUAGAAUCACAUUCAUUAGAAACUCACGUCCACUAGUUAAGAAAGUUGAAGAGGAUGAAUCUGGAAGCCGGUUUAUUGCCUUUUCAGGAGAAGGCCAGUCCCUGCGCAAAAAGGGAAGAAAACCCUAAGUUGUGGUACCUUUAGUCAGUUAGGAGGAAAAUAAAACAAUUGCAGCAUAUUGGAUCUUCGUUACUGCAGUUGAGAGGAGAGAUUGUUUUGCAAUGCAGGAACACUUUUACUGGUUUUGGUUUCACGUUUAAAACCGGAGCUGUCAGACUGUCUUAAUUUCCAGUUGAAAAUUAAGUUUUAGGAAUUCUGAAGGAGGUUUUUUGUAUUUGUUGUAAAGAGGGAAAGUCUGUCUUGGGUAAACCUGAGAAGUAAAACCAACGAGGUCUACCUUAGUAAAAGGUCAGGUUCUUAGACUACAUGCUCUCCUCAAAUCCUGAGUGAUGAUGGUCUCACGUUGCUCUGUGCUUGAUAUUUUCCUCCCUCUGUAUAUCUUUUCCCACAGUUCCAGGUAAGCUUUUUGGUGUGGUGCAAAUGAAGGCUAACACUUGGGUGUUUAAGACUUUUGUGCAGGGUGUUUCUUUGAUCUUAGCUUCAGGUGUUGGGUUAUAAAUCAUCCUAAGCAAUCCCCCUGUAAUUGCUUUUUAUAUUUAUAAUUAAUCACAUGCCUUUUAAUAGUUCAGAUACAACAACGUGCUGUAGCAAUCUAAGGGCACGCGUGGGGAGAGGCGAGACCCAGCCUCUCUGCCUGGUGCCAGUGAAGGAAGGGAGUGCAAAGCUCUGGCGCCCUGCGCUUCGGAAUAGCGGUGUCGGUGUUCGCUUGUGCAUCCCUCCCAGGGCCGGCGUGUCCCUGUUGAGCCUUUAGAUGGGUAACCGGGUGAAACCCCUGUGCUCCCUCCUGACGGGCCGAGUAAAGGAUCCGUGCUGACC